UGAGCCUGGAUUAGCGGAUUUCAGCGCGCUCCCCCCCGCGCGCUCACACUGAGCCUGUGUCCUUUCAUCUCCUCUGAACCUGCACAGCCUCGCGCUGCUGUUUUAUUUCUCUUUUCUGUUUGUGUUCUGGUGCGUGAAUCAGUCGGGUCGUGAGCGUAUGCUGGUGUGAUGCCGUUCCUGCCUCAGGACGCGGAGCGCUUCGAUGGUCUGUCCCUGCUGUACUGACAAAGUUCCGACUUCUUACCUUCCGUCUGACAGUUUCGGCGGUUCUCCCGCUUUCCUCAGAGUGUGGACAAUGACGGGCUUGAUGGCUGAGGCUGCUUGCUUGCUGAUUGGGACCAUCAUGGGCCCCCACGGCAUCAACCGGGCCGUCCAGAGGCUGGAGUUCUGCGACUGCAAGAAGGGACUGGGUGUUAAAAUAAUCGGGGGCUACAGAGAGUUGACAGGUGAAGAGUUCGGCAUCUACGUGAAGCGCGUGAUCGCCGGUGGCUUGGCGGCUUUGGAUGGCCGGCUUAAGUCCGGCGACCUGAUUCUGGACGUCAACAACGUCAGUCUAAUUGGGGUGACUAAUGACAGGGCAGUGGAGAUCUUGAGGACGGCUACACUCUCCAAUCACAUGUCCCUGUUGAUUGCCAGAGACGAUGAGUCCAGGAGAGAGUUUGCAGAGUUAAUGGAGAAGUACGGCUCUAACAGCAGCACGGCUUCAGGACGAAUCUCUCCGACGCAGCAGACCACAGGGAAGCUCACAGACACAGCGUCCUCCUCCUCCUCGUCCCGCUCAGAGAGCCCCCAGCUCCUCAGUCCUAAGGAGGGGGUCACCACCCACAGCCACACUCCCCACUCCACCAUGCACACACCUAUGCACACCUUCAGUGACAGUGUUAUCCAGCUGAUCUGUGUUGCCAAGGGAACAGGCCUGGGGCUCGUCGUCAAGGGAGGUGCCAACCGACCCGAAGGACCGAUGGUGUUCAUCCAAGAGAUUGUUCCAGGCGGAGACUGCCAGAAGGACAGUCGGCUGCAGGUGGGGGACCAGCUGGUGUCAAUCAACAAAGAGUCCUUGAUCGGUGUGACGUACGAGGAGGCCAGGAGCAUCCUGACACGAACCAAACUCAGACCGGACCCCACGGUGGAAAUCGCCUUCAUCAGGCGGAGGUUGUCGUCCAGCUCCAGCAGUGGAUCCCACAGUCCCAUCUGUCUGCAGGGGGGCAGCAUAGCGCAGAUCAGGGUCCCGGGGACCGGCACCACGCCUACACCGCCCACCACAAUCACCAAGAUCACCUCCAGCCGAAACCCCCCCUGUGAGACUCUGCCGGCGGUCAACUUGACCCAGGUCCGCGUGGCUCCAGCUAGACCAGACCAGACUCAGGUCUCCUCAACACCACAGAAUGCCACUAUCCUUCAUCCAAACCCAGAUCCGGCUGGCGGACCCCCUCCUCAGAGGAAAUCGGCCCUCAAUGCCAGUCGUCUCAGACUGGAGAGACUGGAACAGGCUCUGGAUCUGAUUGGUUUGAAGCCCACAGAGACUCAACGGCAGGUUCUCUGGUCCAGACUCCGAGCUGAUCCGGCCGGGACGGUGGCCGUCACAGACGUGGAGGCUCUGAUCCAGGAGCUGUUCAAGUCUCAGCUGGAGGAGCUGGGGGGAUCCCAGCCGGGGUCCCGAUUCACAGCCGAUGACCUGUCCAGCCUGUUGGAGUCGCCCGCCAAUCUGCAGCCGUCACUUUCAGACUCAGACGACCUGGAGGAGAUGGAGAGGCUGAGGAAGGAGCACAUCGAGGCUCUGAGGGAGAUCAAGAGACUGCAGGAGCAGCUGCUCGAGUCGCAGAAAGUUCAUCAUAAGAUGGAGGAGGAGCUCAGCAAAGUUCAACAGGAAGUGAAAGUCAUGGCAGAGGAGAGUCGGGGUCUGAGGACUCAGAUCCAGCUGGCCGAGGAGGCCCAGAAACAGGCCAGGGGGAUGGAAAUGGACUACGAAGAGGUGAUCCACCUGCUGGAGGCUGAGAUUGCAGAGCUGAAGACCGGGAGGGUGGAGCCGCCGGGGCAGAAGGACGAGCCGGACGAGCUGAAGAAGAGGGUGGUGGUCCUGGAGUGUCAGCUUCGGAAGAGCGAAACAGCCAAAACCGGUUUUGAGAUGUCAACAGCAAAGCUGCUGAGUUUUGUGGAGAAUGUCGAAGAGUUCCUCCUGGAAAACCAGGGCCCCCCCAAGAGCUACAGCUCCGGAGACAUGAGAGUGGGCUGUCCGGCCUCCCACGUGACCUCCCCCCACUACAGGAAGAGUCCGUGGACGGCAGCGACCCUUGCUCAGGAAGCAAAGGAGCUGACACAGACCAUCAGAUCAGUCCUGGAGGUGGAGUUGUUGACCUUCUAGAGGAGAAGGAAGUAGGUGAAGCUCGCGGUAUCUUUGAGCCCUUCCUGCUUCUCCCGUUGGCUCCUGGUGUCACCUCCUGCUGGUCCCCUGGUCUCCUCACCUCCCGCUGGGUCCUGGUCUUACCUCCGGCCAACAACUGGGCUCCUCGUCUCCCGCAAACACACUUGUGUUGUCUCCUGCAUGAAACUGCAUUGUUUCCGUGAAGCAGCUCAUCGGUUGCUGCCAUCUUCUGGAGUGGCGUUUGGUGCAUGGACCUGCCAUUGGGGGUCAUGACUCAGAACUGCUCAGACCUCCGAGGAUCAGUGUUUUCAGGACCAAACCAUUGGUCUUGUUAAUUAUAUGAUUCAUGAAACCAGAAACUGGAUGUCCAUCAGCUUCAAUUAUAUCUCAGAUUAUGUGUGUCUAGGAUAACUUUUCUGGAAAUAUCCCAACGAACCAACGAACUGUCAUUUCACAUUUUUCAAACAUUUAAACUGUUUUUGUCAGUUUUUUUUUUAAUGGUAACAUUUGUGCAAGUAUGGCCAUGUGUAAAAGUAAGUACGCCCUUCAUAGGAAAGAACAGUCAGCAAAUUUACCCCAAAAUCAGACCAAUGUUCAGAGAAACACUAUUUUUGUGGAAAUGUCCUCUCAAAUUGUAGAGGGUUUAAUGAAUAAGGUCCAUUGAUUGGACCAUGAACAUCUCUGCAUACCAGAGUAUUUAUGUCCAUCUGUCUGGCAGCUGAGGAAGGGCUGAACACAUCAGGAAACCUGUCUCGACCUGCCAUGACCAGAAGGUUUUAUCAUGUUUUUAUGCAAAAACUUCUCUCUGCACCCUAUUCCCUGUCUCUAAUAUAGUCUUCUGGAGUUACACAAUCGUAUAAAACCAGGAUUAAAAGAGAGUGUACCAGUUUUCGCACACAAUUGUGUGUUUGCUUUAUUCCAGCGUUUAUUUUCAGCAGAGCUCAAGAAAAGUAAAGAAAUUAAGAGUGAAAGGUGCCUAAAUGGUCUUUUGAUCAACUGACUGAUGAACGGAGUUCCAGGAACAUUUUUCUGGUCCUCCAACGUGGACUCUUAACAAGAAACUCAGUAGAGACCGGUAGAAAUCCUCCGUGUGAUUCGUUUUCAUGUUUCAUCAUCUGGUUCAUGUCUCUCCACUUCCUGUCCUACUGUGUUUAGCUUUGUGUCCGUGGCUGAAAUCAAUCAGCCCAUCAUGCAUAGGUUUAAGUAGUUCUCACAACAUGUUACAGCUAAAAAUACCGUAAACUACACAGUGACAUACCGGAAUAAAAAUAAGUGACUCUCACACUCGUGUUUGUGCAGUAGAUUAGUCAACGAAACAAAGCAUCAUGGGAGGAAGACUCCGGACUCCCCAGCAAAGAGAUGAAGGCGGAUGGAUCAGCGAGGACUCGGUUCUGUUCUUCUGACUGGUCGUGCAUCAUUUCCACUGUCUGGCCCUGAUGUCCAGCAGAUGUUGUACCGCUCUGUAAACUGCUUGGUUGAGACUGAAA